GGAACCUAACCUAACCUGACCAAAUCUGAUCUAACCUCAAAACGCGAAUUGCCUCAAGCCGAGGAGCUUCGGGACGUCUUGAAAAAAGCAUUUUCGCUGCAAAAAAGCAAAGAAGGGUUGCAGAACAAUGAAAAAUCACGCGACAAAAGCCCGCCGAGAUCAUUCACGCUGAUUAUGAUCUCUCGGAGAGGAAGCCAUUUUCAUGCGGCCUAUGCAUGGAUUUCGUGCAUCUCGGCGUAUAACAGAAAAAUUGUAUCGUCCCAAAAAGGAAUAGGGUGGUAAAAGGAAAUAGGAGGAGGGAAGGAAGAAAAGUUUCUCCAGUUCUCUCACGGCUCACGAUGUUGUAUUCGCUACGUUUCUAAACGAAUCUGUAUUUAUCUCUUAAACGUCAGCAAACGUGAAACCCCGACGAUCGCGAACAAUGUUCUGCUGUCUGAGAAACUGCUUCGACGGCCUUGGCUUUGCCGCAACUCAAACACCGAAACGGGAACGACACCCCAUCGCUUUAGACACGACUCACAUGGGAAGUGAGGUAGUGAUAGUGAAAAAUGGUCUAAGAAUAUGUGGAAGCGGUGGUGCCUUGGCAAACGCCCCUCUUGUUCAAAGUAAAAGUUAUUUUGAAGUGAAGAUACAGCAGGGCGGUAUAUGGGGCAUUGGACUAGCCAAGAGAGACACAGAUCUCAAUGUCGCAGUAGGAGGAAAGGACUCGGAAAGCUGGGCAUUCAAUUCCGAUGGUAUCAUAAGGCACAACGAACAAGAACGUCACAAGUUAAUCUUUCAAAAUCCUAUACAGGAAGGGGAUGUCAUUGGAGUAUCCUACGAUCAUAUAGAGUUGAAUUUUUAUUUGAACGGAGAAUCUAUGAAUGCUCGAAUUUUUUUAGGUGUAAAGGGACUGAUUUAUCCAGUGUUAUACGUGGAUGAUGGAGCCAUCCUGGACUUAAUUCCAGAAAACUUUAUCCAUACACCGCCAGCGGGUUUCGAGAAAAUAAUGCUGGAACAAUCGUUGCUCUAGCAAAGUGAUAUGAACAAAAGCAAAAUGCUCAUUGUAUUGUCAAAAUUGACAUUCCUCGUCCACUUCGAGUUUCGUUAAACAUUGAGCCAAGUUAAACGUUAAGUUAAGAAUUAAUGAUACAAACAGGGAGCUAUGACAGUAUAGUAUUAAAAAGCAGUGUCAUAAACGUUUGUCACAACAGUUACAGUUAUGAUAAUAUAUUUAAUCGAAAAGCGUGGAAUAAACGACACCUAAUGAUGUGAGAA